AGGCUCAUGAACUACAAAAUUGAUAACAAUGGUAAAAGAAAACUGAAAAUCUUCAAAUUUUUAAUUUUAUACGCAUUCUAGAUUCAUUUCAAAGAAAAAAUUGAAAUUCAAUUCGUAUAGCAAUUUAAGAUCGAAUUGAAUUUGAACUCGCAAUGUUCUCUGCAAUAGAUUGACGUCCACUUUCAUUCAUCAGUUCGAUACUCAAGUCAAAAUAGUUCAGUUACACAAUGGAUCAGUUACCCAACCCAAUUAGAAAACCUCCCAAGAAACCCAAGAAGUUCGGUUUUUUUGGGUUAACUCUUGCUGAAUUCCCCUUGGUCAUUACAAUGGGUACUCUAAUUUUAGCUCAUGUUUGGUACGGAUCGUAUUUGUUUAGCGAUGAAUUAUCUGAAGAAAACCGAACGCUGAGAUAUAUUCCUUUUAGAAGCGAUUACGAAGACUUCAGGAAAGGAUUGAAUAAUAUUAGGAAACGAUUCUUCGCCAAAAAAGCCGCAGAAAAUGAAACAGUUCGUGAUCUGUAUGGUGAUUCUUAGGUAAUUAAUUUUAACAUUUUAGUUUCGACUGUUUGUAAAUAUGUUUGAACGUUUUUACGUAAUAAAAAAUAAGGAAUUUUUAAACAAA